GAAAAAAAAUAAUUUUUUGUUGACAACAUGUUGCACAAACUGUAUACCCUACUCGCAACUCUGCUCAUCUUGGAGACGUUGACAACCCUGGCGCUGAGUAGCGAUGGUAAUGUCAAUAGCGUGGGCGGCUCCACGGUCAACAAUGUCGUUCAAGAGGAUCCCGAAUUCACAGACGUCAUUGAUAAUAUAACAGUGCCCGCGGGACGUAAUGUUAAAUUGGCGUGCUCUGUUAAAAAUCUGGGCUCGUAUAAGGUGGCGUGGAUGCACUUUGAACAGUCGGCCAUUCUGACGGUGCAUAAUCAUGUGAUAACGCGAAAUCCAAGGAUUAGCGUAACGCAUGAUAAACACGAUAAGCAUCGCACCUGGUUUCUGCACAUUAACAACGUUCAGGAGGAGGACAUGGGUCGGUAUAUGUGCCAAAUCAACACGGUGACGGCUAAAACCCAAUAUGGCUUUGUCAAAGUUGUCGUCCCACCAAAUAUUGACGAUGCGCUGACCUCCAGUGAUGUCAUUGUGCGCGAGGGCGACAAUGUCACACUGCGCUGCAAGGCGAAAGGCAGCCCAGAGCCAUCCAUCAAAUGGAAACGAGAUGACAACCAUAAAAUUGUCAUCAACAAGACGCUCGAAGUGAAUGACCUGGAGACAGACUCUUUGGAAUUGGAGCGCAUCUCGCGCCUGCACAUGGGUGCUUAUCUCUGCAUCGCCUCAAACGGUGUGCCGCCCAGCGUUUCAAAGCGCAUCAAAGUCAGCGUUGACUUUUCGCCAAUGGUCUGGAUACCGCAUCAGCUCGUCGGCAUUCCCAUGGGCUUUAACGUUACGCUGGAGUGCUUCAUCGAAGCCAAUCCCACAUCGCUUAAUUAUUGGACGCGCGAGAAUGAACAAAUGAUCACGGAGUCAUCCAAAUACAAAACCGAAACAAUUCCGGGCCAUCCAUCGUACAAGGCGACAAUGCGACUGACGAUUACCAAUGUGGAGGGCAGCGAUUAUGGCAACUACAAAUGUGUCGCCAAAAAUCCUCGUGGCGACAUGGAUGGCAACAUAAAACUCUACAUGUCAAGUCCGCCAACCACACAACCGCCGCCGACGACAACAACUUUGCUCACAACGACAACAACAAUGAACUUACCCUUUGAUGGCAAUUUGGCAUUCAAUGGCUACGGCGGGGACGUGCCCACAAAUUCAGUGAUUGUAAUUGACAAAUUGGGCGUUAAAUACCAAUCCAAUUUGAAUGAGAUCGGCAAAUCCGAACAGAAGCUAAUGGGUAGCAAUCAGGAGGGCUACGACUGGUCCAAGGGCAAGGCCAGUGGCGGUCGAGGACUGCGUUCCAUCUGUUGGCUUCUAACGCUUCUGUCGCUCCUGGCCUUGUGUUCGCGUCAAUAAAAAGCUAAGAGCAAACUGUAUUAUUAAAGUGCCAUUACAAAGAAGAGAGCAAAAAUACAAAGAAAACCAGUGUGCUCUAGUCGGUAGUGAUCGAAUAGAAUAUACCCUGUACGCAGCGUCCACUUUCAACUUUCCAACAAAUACAUAAAUAGACAAACGCACACUCAGGCAUUCUGAUUAUCGAACAACUUUCAUUAUUAUAUCAUUAGACAUUUUCACAUAGUACAGGGUAUAACAAGAGUCAAGCUGAACACACAGCAUGGAGCACCCAACCACAACUAAAAUCCAACAACCACUUAAUUAAAGUAUUUGCCAAUUGCAACGCGGUUACAUUUCGGUCUACCUUGCUUAACCCAUCCCAAAAUCCAAGUCCUCAAUUAAAUGCAUACAAAAACGACAUUAAAUUAAUCACAAUAAAAACGAGCACAGAACAUGAGGUGACCAGCUAAUGCUCUACACUCUUCCAUGAAUAAUCAUGUGCCAUUAGAUAAAAAUUGAGUAUUUCAGCUUUAAUGCGGUUCUAUGUGAAUAAAAUAUACUUUAUAGAUCAUUUUAAUCAUAUUUGAAAUUAUUUAUAUAUUUCACUGUAAUUAGUUAUGAAUUGUAUUGAAACCAUCUUCUUCUCGUUGACGGUACAGUGUAUAGAGCAAGCAGGAAAUUUAAGUUUUCGUGUCAAAAGUUGAUUCCAUUUCGGUUUCAUUAAGUAUAAGUACAAUAUUUUUUGCUGUUGCACCGGUUAACAUUACAAAUGCGUAUUAAUUGGAACGAUUUGAAUACUUUUUUCGGUCUGAACUACUUGAUGGGAAUCUCUUUGCCAGCAAAAUCUGUUGACAAAUUUGAUGUUGGAAUUAGUUGAAAUAUUAAACAAUGCAUGAGAGCAAACAAAAUGAACUAAAUAAACACAGUUGUUGACAAAUUGUUAAAAAAAGAAGAGAACAGAAAAACAUAAAGCCCAGACAAACACAUAAUGCAAAAUAUAUAAAAUCUAGACAAGCAAACAUAUGUAAAUAAUUAGACACACAUAAACAAUUGUAAAUUAUGUACUCGUUAUAAGCAUUACAAUAAAUUGCGCUUAAAUUUGUAUGAAGUUAGUCAGCAUUAUGUUUAUGAAGUCUAUAAAGCAGAAGCUCCUCUCCUCACCGCUAGCCAUAAAACCCGCUAUUAAUAGUCCGAGAGCGAUUGGAGAGGUUGAGAUUGAUGAAAACGAAGGGACAACUCCAAGUUUAUUUGUAGGCUAUUAAUUGAUGAUCGGCACAUGAAACAUAUUUAUAUAUAUUAUAUCUCUUGAACUAUGCUCACAUAUUCAAAUGACAGCCUAAUUAAGAACUAAACUACAUAUAAA